UCACCCAGUAAAAAAUUAAGUCAACAAAGAGACAUGUAACUAAGCUCAUAUGGCCCAUGAAUCUCUCCUCACCCCCUCCAUCUCCUCCUCUUUUCUCUCCCUUCACUUCCUCCUUAUCUCUCGACUUCCCUUAUCAACUUCCCUGCAUUCUCCCUCUCUCCUCAAAUCCAGCAUCAGAAACCAAACCAUGGAAACAGAGAAACAUCACAAACCACCAGCCUCGGCGCGGGAGCCUCCGCCACCGCCGGAAUCACCACCUUCAUCACCUCCUCCUCCUUUAAACUCUUCCCCAUCCCAUGAAUUCUCCUUCACCAUCUCUCUCCACCCUCCCACCCCUCUCUCUUCCAACACCACUGCCUCCCUCAAGCUCAAAGAGCCCGCCGCCCCUCUCCUCGACUUCGACCUCUCCCCCGCCGACGAAAUCUUCUUCCACGGCCACCUCCUCCCCCUUCACUUCCUCUCACACCGCGCCUCCAACGCCUCAAUCGAAACAGAACACAACCUCUGCAAAAACACGGAGAAUAAACCAAACACAAACAGAGUCAUUGAAGGCGGCGCCGACGCCUCCUCCAACCACGGAGAAUUCAAGGAACGCACAAAGGCGAAACCUUUCUCUACCUUCUUCGCUCUCCGGAAGUGGCUAAGAGGAAGCGAGGACAGAGAAGCAGAAAAACAGAGAAAGAAGAAGACGAAGGUGUUGGGCAGAUUAUGGAAGAAAUAUGCGAGCUUGAUAGAGCCGCUUCUCUUCUUCAAGCCCAUGAAGGACAAGCGAGAAUUGCGGCGAAGUCCUUACUCCUUCUCCCGCGACUGCAAUCCACGGGAAGGUGGCUGGCGGCGGCGGUGGCGGGGAGAUUUCUCUGCUCCCGCGUCGAUGCGGACGUCACCGGCGAACAGCGGGCUUCUUGUGGCCCCGUCGAGUACGUUUUCCUCUUCUGAUGAAAGCACUAUGGAGGAGUUACAGAAUGCCAUUCAAGCUGCUAUUGCGCACUGCAAAAGUUCUGUUGCCGUGAAGGAGAACCAGUGUGGUUAAUUAAGUGUGUAUUACUGAAUGGUUAAUCACUUCUUUAAAGGUAGUUAAUGUUUGGGAAAGCUUAAUUUUUUGCACUUAGUUGUAUAUAAUAAUUAUAUCAUAUGAGUUCUUAGAAUUCAUAGAGCUUUGAAA